GAAUGGAUAUUUAUCGAUGAAUCAAAUACAAUAAAUUCACCUCCUACUCAAUCAUUAAACCCUCAUCCAACUCCUGAUCCUGAAAUAUUUAAAAGAAUUAUUAUACCAUUUCCACCAAAAAUAAAUCCAUCAGAUUUAAUUCGUAGAAAUAAGAAAAAUGGUGAAUUAUUAUCAAGAGCCACAAAUAAAUUUUUAAUAUAUCGUAAUGAAUAUUCGAAAGAAUUAUCUAAACAAUUAGAAUCUUGUGGUU